AUAUAAAAUAUCAAAUAAAAAAAAUUUACGUUUGACUCGGAUAGAUAUCCCUAAAAAAGGAUCUACCCAGGCUAAGUCAGGUCAAGCUAUUAUCUGACUCGUGGAACUCGCUGCCCCUAAUACCUCCCAUCAUCAUCUCAUCGUCGCAAAUAUCAUCCCCACGUACAUAUAGAUCAAAUAAGGAACUCAGUAUUGAUCAAGCAAAAUGGCUGACAUUGCUAUCCAUCCGACUACUGCUACGAUCGUCAAUAAUGCAUCUACUCAUGCACCUCUAUUACCCCCUCAAAUAGCGGGUAUACCGGAUAUUGUGCUCCUAGAUAGCAGCGUCAAGGCACCCUUCAACUCUAUCCGCCAGCUCUUUGACCAUCUCCGAGCCAGCCCGGAAGCGGCAGAUGCUCUUAAUGCCUGCUAUCCGUCUCGUGGCGUCUUCAAGAGUGCUGCACUGAAAAACAGCAUUUCGGAUCAGAAGCUUACCAUCGACAUUUCGCCAAACCGCCUAGCUCGCAUCCCUGCCGAGUUGCAGUCAUCUCUGUCCCCUCACGGCUUUGGUGAAGUCAUCACAUUUUUCUCGGAGUUGACCACGAAGCAUCUCGACAACAUGCUAUCGAUUCUAGGUGCAACUGUUGGUGCCGACUUAUUCCCGCUCCACCGUAGCCGUAACCUCAACUUCCGACUCUGUGAUUACCCCCCUGUCACGGCAGCCCCGGAAAGUGAGAAUGGCUGUGGUGCUCAUCGUGAUUACGGUACCUUCAGUAUCAUUUUCCAGGAUGGCACCUCGGGACUGGAGAUCGAAAACCCGUCUCAGCCCGGAGCAUGGCUACCCGUUCCGGCUGACAAGGUUGUCAUGCUCUGUGGCUGGUGCGCAUUUAUCAUUAGUAGCGGCGAGCUUCGAGCUGUCAGACACAGAGUCCGCCGCCAGCCUGGCGUCAGAAGGCUCAGCGCUGUCUUGUUUGUGGCGCCGGAUCUAGACGUGGCUUUGAAGCCAAUCACCCUGGGCAAAUACGCCGCUCGGUUCUCGUCUGAGGUAUUGGAGGGUAAGUUCAACGUGGGCUGGUUCAAGGAGUUCAUGGGAAAGAGAUGGCGCUGGCGCGAGGGUAACGCUCAGCUUGAGGACGGCGAGGAUAUCACACAAGAUGAAGAGAUUGAGCGGUUGAUUAUGGGUUAGCUUAGGGAGUAGAUAGGUACAAUGGUGGAACUCGUAAAUAAUUGAGCGUGUGUAGAGUUAGAAGGAGAGCGUCACGCAUAAGAACACCCCGACUAACCAGGGGUACAAUGCUCUAUACCUGAUUAGGAGGGGCACCAAACCCAGGUCAGACAGCGUGUUCUCCCUUGACUACUAAAAAAGAAAAUUCAAGAGUUUGAGAAAGACAGUGUCCAAGUAAAAUUCAAUGGAUUAUUCUUGGUUUAAGACAUGUCUCUAGGAAGUUAUGAUGAUAAUAUAAUAAUGAGUAUUAACGAGAUAAGCUUUUCUAAUAAUGAAUAACAUUCAAAUA